UAAUCUCCUCCGUGUGCUGAUGUGCCUAUCUGGACCACACUACCGUCACAUUCCCCAGCUCAACACGUCCCAAAAGUAGUGAACACUGAAAAUCCCCCGCCCCCAAGCUCCAUCAGCACCUCUAAUGUGCAUCCACUGAGCCACCUUCAGGAGGGAGCCGUGCUGGACAGCGCAGUCUGGAUAUUUGAAAGAAAAAAACAAAUAAAUGAAGGAUGUCCGUUCUGGGAAAUGUGUUGAAUGGAUAAACUAAAAGCUUAAUGUCCAACAUUGGGGAUCUACUACAUGGAUAAUGAUCGUUCUGGUCAACUACUAAUUUAGCUAUAUUUUACUGCCUCUGCUCUCUAGAAGAUUUGGCUCUGGAGAUUGCCUGUGUUUGUUUCUAUUUUUGCCUUUUUAGUAUUAUUGUUUUUUUUAUUUUGUUGUACAAGUUUUUUUUUAUCAUUAUUAUUUUGUUUUUGCUUCUCAUGGGGAGAAUAGAAUCAAGUUAAGAUCCUUGCCUGGAUUUUUUUGGACAUGUGUAAACAUAUUUGGAAAAUACCUUCAGGCAGAAAGGGACCACUGCUGAACCAUUGGGAAGUGUUAUAUUGAUCGUUCCGCUGAGUGAUGCAGGUGGUAUGAAAAUCAUAGAAUGGAAAUUGUUUGGGAGGUGUUUUUUUUCCUUCAAGCCAAUUUCAUCGUUUGCAUGUCAGCACAACAGAAUUCACCAAAAAUCCAUGAAGGCUGGUGGGCUUAUAAAGAGGUCGUGCAGGGCAGCUUUGUUCCAGUGCCUUCCUUCUGGGGAUUGGUAAAUUCUGCUUGGAAUCUGUGUGCGGUUGGCAAGAGGCAGUCUCCUGUCAACAUAGAAACUAGCCAUAUGAUAUUCGACCCAUUCUUAACUUCGCUACGCAUAAACACAGGUGGACGGAAGGUGAGUGGAACAAUGUACAAUACGGGAAGACAUGUAUCACUACGACUGGACAAGGAACAUCUAGUAAAUAUAUCUGGUGGGCCAUUAACGUACAGUCAUCGUUUAGAAGAAAUACGGUUACAUUUUGGCAGUGAAGAUGGUCAAGGCUCAGAACACCUUCUUAAUGGUCAGGCAUUUUCUGGAGAGGUUCAGCUAAUACACUAUAAUCAUGAGUUGUACACAAAUGUAAGUGAAGCAGCGAAAAGUCCAAAUGGUCUUGUGGUUAUAUCCAUAUUUAUAAAAGUAACAGAUUCAUCCAAUCCCUUCUUAAAUCGAAUGCUUAACAGGGAUACCAUAACAAGAAUAACAUACAAAAAUGAUGCAUAUUUACUACAGGGGCUAAAUAUUGAAGAGCUUUAUCCUGAAACUGCUAGUUUCAUUACAUAUGAUGGGUCAAUGACUAUCCCACCCUGCUAUGAGACAGCAAGUUGGAUUAUAAUGAACAAACCCAUCUACAUUACUAGGAUGCAGAUGCAUUCAUUAAGACUACUAAGCCAAAAUCAGCCAUCCCAGAUAUUUUCAAGCAUGAGUGAUAACUUCAGACCUGUCCAGCCUCUGAACAACCGUUGUAUCAGAACGAAUAUCAAUUUCAGUUUACAGGGGAAAGACUGUCCAAACAACAGAGCACAGAAGCUACAAUACAAAGUGAAUGAAUGGCUUCUCAAGUGAGCAUAAUAUUCAAAACCUUAAGGAUGGUCUCCAGAGAUCCUGCUACCCCGGACUGACAUAAUGUGCACCAAGCCCCAUUUACUUUCUUGGACAUGUACUUCAUUAACUGUACCCAUCAUGUGCCACAGUAUGGCAGCAAGAAAAAAGAUAAGAACAACAUAAUAAACAUUGAACAAUGUUCACAUGAUCUGUCUCAAAUAAAUGAGACAUAUCUGUAGGGUUUCAAUGUACAAGCCGCACAUUGGAAGAUUUGCAAGCCUAUAUAUAUAUAUAUAUAUAUAUAUAUAUACAUAUAUAUAUAAAAUGGCUUUUUUUCUAUAGAUUUGCUUUGAACUUCAUUCCACAACUUUUGAGAGUCUCCCUGUACUACUUCAUUAUAUAUGCAUACGGGAAUAUCCAAGCAAAGAUGAACAUGAAAGAAAAAGAGUUUUAGGCUACUGUUGUUUUGUUUAUUCCAUAAUGAAAUAAGAUGUUGAGCGAUAUGUAUAUAAUAUAUAUAUUAUUAAAGAAUAUAAAUACAUAAAAUGUUUUUUCUUCUCCAAUAGUUCCCUUCUCAAAAACAGAUUUUGUUAUUGAGCUGAAAGUUUCAUUAUUUUUGUUUAUUCUGUAAAUGUUACAGCAUCUUUUUAUUAUUUUAUGACCUGUUUUAGACAUUUUCUUUAUCUUAUCCGCAGCUGUCUCUUCCAUCAGCACACACAUAUUAUGCCCCUUCUUUGUCAGCUUCAUGUCUGAUUUAUUAAAUUGUUCAAAGAUUCAGUUUAAUCUACAGGAGGAAUCCAAAUUUCAACUGAACUACUUUAUUCCUUGAUCCUAUUUAUUUUCAUUUCAUUUGAGUAAAAUUGAACAAGUAAAGGUCUUCACUUUUUCUAAAACUACUCAUUCAUUGUGUUUGGUUACUGUCAGCAUCUCAAUAAAUGUUAUUAAAAUCUUGUA